CUCAACCUUUUGAACUAACCGGUUCAAAAAUUAUUACCAGAGUCCAAUGCAAGGGCAAUUUCAUGCAUAAAUAGACGACUCUCGUAAUGUUUAGACAUCAACACAAUCUACAAUUUUCCAAUCCAUUGAACGUAGUAUUUGCUUUUCAAAUGGGUUCCCUUGAAUUUGAGCACGAACUCAAUGACAUUUCCUCCUUCGAUAACCAAUCAUUGAAUCCACUAGACCCAGAAGAGUUUAGGAGGCAAGGACAUAUGAUGAUAGACUUCCUUGCUGAUUACUAUCAUAACAUUGAAAACUUUCCAGUUCUUAGCCAAGUCGAACCGAAUUAUCUCCGAAAAUGCUUACCAGAAUCCGCUCCACACAAUCCUGAACCAAUUGAAAAAAUCCUCCAAGAUGUGCAAAACCACAUAAUGCCAGGCAUCACACAUUGGCAGAGUCCCAACUUCUUUGCUUACUUCUCUGCAACUUGUAGUACUGCAGGUUUUCUUGGUGAAAUGUUGAGUUCAGGCCUCAAUGUGGUGGGAUUCAGCUGGAUAUCAUCCCCUGCAGCAACAGAGCUCGAAAGCAUAGUCAUGGAUUGGCUCGGAGAAAUGCUUAACCUCCCAAAAUCCUUCCUUUUCUCUGGCAAUGGUGGAGGUGUUAUCCAAGGAACUACUUGCGAGGCAAUUCUAUGCACACUAAUAGCAGCAAGAGACGAAAUGUUGAAAAAAAUUGGUAGAGAUAAGAUAGGGCAGCUUGUCGUUUACGCAUCUGAUCAAACACAUAGCGCGCACCAAAAAGCUGCCCAAAUCGCCGGAAUCCACCCAGAAAAUUUUCGAGUCAUCAGGACAACAAAAGAAACAUUGUUUGGUUUAUCCCCUGAAAUGAUGAAACUGACAGUAAAAUUUGAUGUACAAGCAGGACUGAUUCCAUUGUUUCUAUGCGCAACAGUGGGUACAACAUCGACAACAGCCGUCGAUCCAAUUAGGCCAUUAUGCGAUGUCGCGAAGGAAUAUGGAAUUUGGGUUCAUGUGGAUGCUGCUUAUGCAGGGAGUGCGUGUGUAUGCCCUGAAUUUCGACAUUUUAUCGACGGUGUAGAGGGAGUAAACUCAUUCAGUCUAAACGCCCACAAAUGGUUCUUCACUCCAUUGGACUGUUGUUGUCUUUGGGUGAAAGAUUCAGGUGCUCUUACAAGAUCUCUGUCAACAAAUCCCGAGUUUCUGAGAAACAAAGCAAGCGAUUCGAGGCAAGUAGUUGACUACAAGGACUGGCAGAUCACUCUAAGCCGUAGAUUUCGAGCUUUGAAAUUGUGGCUUGUACUAAGAAGCCAUGGUGUCGCUAAUCUCCGAAGCCUUUUAAGAACCCAUGUCGAAAUGGCCAAGCUUUUUGAACAACUUGUGUAUGGUGACAGUAGAUUUGAGAUUCCAGUCCCCAGAAACUUUGCAAUGGUAUGUUUUCGGGUUUCUCCAGAGGCAGUUGCUGAGAAAGUCUUGAAGAAAAAGGUUGCGACAGAUGAAGAAGAAAGUGUGAAUCAAUUGAAUGAGAAAUUGUUGGAGUCGAUUAAUGCAUCAGGAAGGAUAUACAUGACACAUGCUGUCGUUGAUGGAGUGUUCGUCAUACGUUUUGCUGUGGGUGCAACCUUGACAGAGGAAAGGCAUGUGAGAAUGGCUUGGCAAGUGGUGCAAGAGCACUUAGAUAAAAUAUAAUUAAGUGUGUAUUAGUUUCCAUACUUGUAUUAAACUGCGACUUCUCUUUCUCUCUCUAGAAAACUAAAACUUUCAGACUUUUUUUUGUGUGGAGGAGGCGGCGUAAAUCACACAUCUACUACCUCCUCCUCCAUAGAUCUGCCUAUUUUGAAGUCUCUUUAUAAGUUUAUUAUAAAUUUCUUAGUUAAAUGACUAUUUUUCUCUAUUUCUCUAACUUGUUUUUGGAGGGUAUAUUGCUAUGGCUUCUUGACGAAGCAUUUUAUCGGUUGAUUGGCAUGUUUUGUUGGAAAUCUACUUGUUUUGCAGGCUUAUGUUUAGGAAGAAGCGAUUUUGUAUUUCUAGUAACGGGUUCUUCAAAGAAGGGUACUCUUGGAUAUAUUUGCAAUGGACAUGGUUUCAUAUCUGCUUUGAUGAUUCAUCGCAGCCAACAACAAUGGAAAUCGAUGAAUGACCGAUGGGUAUGCAACCUGAUUCUACUAUGCCAAGUGCCAAUGAAUCAAUCUCAGCAAGCUUACCGCACUAGCCGGUCAGGGACAAUUGGAAAGUUGCAUGAAACCGGGCAAGGGUGACCUAGAUCUAGGUCAAAUGGGCCGCAGCCUUGUGUUGCAUUCCUUAUGUCUUUAUGCUUAUCCUCUUGGGCCAGCUUUAAGAGAUGUAUUUGGUUGUUUGGAGGAAAAUCAUGUAUGAGUUGUAUUUCAUUUUCAAUUGUACCUCUUC